AAUAUCUGGCGCAGGAGUUAACCGUGUUCACCAAGGCGGUUCUCCCAGGCGAGUCGGGACUGCGUUCGCGCUGUCCCGGAAUAAGAUCAUUACCUAGCAGUCUCUAGUGAGCAGCGUAGUAAACGUCGCAGGUAGACGUCAGUAGGGUGGUUGAGAGGGGCCAUUCAUUUUCAGGGUUUUACUGAUCACCUAGACUUGGAGCCAAGCGUGGCCACAUUAUGGCCAUGCUACGCCUUUCUUAGUCUCGGUCCUCGGAGGUAGUCCGAAUUCAUAAUCGCAUUUGGACGAAUCGGUUGGAUUCGGUGAUUCGGUUCUCCUCUUCUCUCUCCCUCUCUCCACAACCAAUAGCAAUUUUGCGAUAUGAUUCGACUGAAUCUGUUUGCGAUGGAUUUGGACGUGAUUCUUGGGAUUCUUGUCAUCGGACCCAUCGGACCUUCAGUUUGACUCACAUAUUUUUCAUAUUCGAUUCAGUUCUGACAGAACUUUCUACACAUUCACAUUCGCGUUCACGUUCGCUUUGUUGUGUAGGUGUUUUGAUUGUUUAUACGUACUUUGUUAAGGAGAAUGUAAAGUAAAUGGUCACAAUUAAUUUUAUCACCAUGAUUGCGCCGUGGAAAAAUUGGUGCCGACUAUGUGCUAAUCCCAAUGGUGGGAUCCCUAUAAUCAAUCCUUGUGGCGGUGAUAAUUAUUUGAGUGAAAGGAUAAGAAGAUAUCUGUCUAUAUCGGUUUUGGAAGAAGAUAAGGUGUCGUAUCUUCUUUGUAGCAAAUGCUGUGAAAAACUGUCCAACUUUGAUAAGUUUGUAAAUAACUGUUUGCAAGUUCAAGUCAUGUUCAGCACCCUUUGUGAAUUAAUUGAUGAUGAUGAUGUUGGGGAUGAUCGCCUGUACGAAAUAAGGAAAGAGUUCCUUCCCUCCGACUUUGAGUUUAGUAAAGAAAAGUCUACAAAUAAUGGUAUAUCUACCAACAUUUCUCCAAAUGUUAAGAAGAGAGUUUCAGUAGGAAAAGACCUCUCACCAAGCAAAAUUAAAAAGGUUGACAUUGAUACAAGGAAAGAUAUCUCCUCCUCUCCUAAGUUAAACGGAUGCGAUGAUAAAGCAGCUCAAUUAAAAGAAAGUUUAAACAGUGUUUACAAGCAUGGACGUAUCAGACCAAUGCCUGAGUUGAGGCAAGCUUUUCCUGACGAAAACGAAAUUUUAGCUGAUUCAUUGGACUCUGAUUUCAAUGAAGAAUCGUUUGAAAAUCUGUUGGAGAAUGAUGAGGCCUUCCAAAGAGUACUAAGGAAUUCUGGAGGUGACACCGGAUUUAAGACAAAGGAGGAACAUAAAUUGCACCAAAGUUCUUUUGCCAGUCAAGAACAAUCAUCAAGGUUGGAAUCCGUUCAAGAACUGGCAUCCGAAAGAUGUUUUGUGGGAGAGAAGAUGGAACCUAAAUUUUCUGUCAACAUUAAACAAGAAACAUUAAAAUCUAAUGGCACUGUUCCACACAGUGAACUUCAUGAUCUGUCUAAUAAUCUUAAUACCGUCAAUUCUCUCAGUGAUUCUGAUAUGAAUGAUUUUAUGUGUGACGAAACUGAGGAAGAUGAUACCUCAGACCAUUUGGGAGGCGACAUGGACUCUAAAGAAUUAAGAAUGAGAAUUAAUGGAGCCUGGAAAACCUUAGAUGAUAUCAAACCCAAGAGGUCAUUUUGUAAACCUAUUACUGAGCAGCAUCACAAAAUUUAUGAGCUAGAUGAAAUGUUUGUUGAUGAUAGGACUGAGGAAGAAUUGUGUGAAGAUUCUGAUUGGACUUUAGAAGACAUGUCAGAUAAAAAGGUCAAAAGCAGGAAUAAAUUAAAAACCACUUUUAAGUGUGACCAGUGCGAUAAAACAUUUGUAAGAAAAGCUCUUCUUGAUUCACACUCAGUAUCGCACAUGCCUAAAGACCAACAGCCCUAUGUUUGUUGUAAGUGUGCUAAAAGGUUUCAUUGCGAAACAUUAUUAAAAAAUCAUGAAAAAACUCAUUUACCCAGUGAAGAAAAACAAGUCUAUCCAUGCCAUGUGUGUGAUAAAAAAUUUAGUCGCCGAUCAGCAGUCACUGCACAUACCAAAGCUAUACAUUUUGGCGAACGACCAUUCGUUUGUCACCUAUGUGGCAAUACUUUCUCAUCAAAAGCCACCUUGCAGGAACAUAUAACUAUUCAUAGUGAUGAAGAGCCUUGGGAGUGUACAAAAUGCAGUAAAAAGUUUAAAACUAAGUACAGACUGAAAAUUCACAUGGAUACGCACCGAGAAACUCCUUAUAGUUGCCCUCAUUGUCCUUUGCAACUUUCAACAAGGCGCACACUUCGCAUGCAUCUUGUUGUCCACAGAGAUGCUAAAAACUAUCAGUGUGCCACUUGUGGGAAAGCCUUCCGCAGAGCCAAAGACUUAAAGAGUCAUCAGACUUUGCACACCGGACGACGUCCUUACACCUGCCCAUUUUGCUCUCGUACUUUUGCAAAUGGCUCAAAUUGUCGAUCUCAUAAAAGAAGAAUGCACCCAGAGGAGCUUCGACUUUAUGAGGCUUCGCUUGCUGGAAAUAGCACUGUUGAGUUGAUAAACAACUCAGCACCUCUUGAACUUAUUGUAGAGGAUACUGGGAAUCUUGUAAAUCAAGAUAUUGAUGAAGAUGCCAACCAUUCAAUGAAAGAAGACAGUCAGGAUUCUUUACUUACUGAAAUGGCUUUGGAUCUUCAACAACCGCAGAUGUUGACAGACAAGUCUGGUCUUACAACAGUUAAUGAAGACCCAGUCGUGACAGCAGCUGAUCUCACUUUAGCUCCUUUAGUCACAUUAUCAGCUGCUUUACCUAAACUUGAGCCAGAUGAUUCUCGCCUAGUUGUCAUGAAUCUCACUACGCAAAUGAAUGAUACUCAUGAUUCUAUGGAAGCAAUGUCACCUCUCAACUUAAACAUUAUGUCACCCAUGAACCUAAAUAUCAGCUCUCCUUUGAAUCUCAAUAUAAGCUCACCUCUUAAUCUCAAUAUUAGUUCUGUUCUCCACUCUCCAACUGGAAGAAGCCAACAAUCACAUUCUGUACAAUCUCAACACCAUCAAAAUCAUAAUAGAUAUCAACAACCACAUCAACCUCAGCAGCAAACACAUCUGACAUUGCAACCCAUGCAGCAUCCCACCCACCAACAAACAUCUCAGCAUCAACAACAGCUUACUCACCAAUCUCAAGUACAUCAUCAAAUGCAUCAACAACAAGUACCCAGGUCAUCUGUUCAACUAUCAACUUUGCAAACGUCCGUAAAUUCACCAACUUUAAUCCACAACUUGUCAUCACAAACGCAGUUACCAGCCCACAUCAACAACACAGUCCACCAUGCACCUCAAAUUCAGACUUUUGUUCCUCUGAAUCAGCAAGGAACAUUGUACAGUCAUCAUACUACCCAAGAAUCAGUUUCGUCAGCAGCACUCGUUGCUGCUGCAGCUGUGGCUCACUCAAUGGCUACAUCUACAAGCACAUCACUGCCUCCUUUCUCUGGCAACCCAUAUGUGCAACAUUCCAUGACUUAUAGUCGUGGUACCAAUAUGUGAUAGUUCUCAUGCCAUAACAGUGAUCAUGUGCUUGUUAUUAUUAUUUUUUUUUAUUCAUUGCGCUAUCUAUCCUUCACAAUUUUAUGAAACAGUAGAUGUUUUGAUCUUUUUAGUUGUAGCAAGAUAAGCAUUAUUUGUAAGUAAUCAUACCGUAAUUUUGUGAACUUUGCAAUUUUGUGUGUGUUUAUGUACACACUAAUGUUAUUGUUAUUUUAGUGUCUUGUGUACCUGAACAUUUCUAGAGGUAUUCCUUUUUAUAUAGGAAACAACAGUAAGAUUUGGUACUUUUUAAUUGAUCUCACAAUGGCUUUCAUAAGUUUUUACCUUAACCAAUUUGUAAUGCCAAAACAAUCUAUUCAACAGAGCUUAAAUUGUUUUUGUUUUGUUUCUUUUUGUAUAAUUACAUUACACCUAGUGGUGGUUUAUUACUUUUUAAUUGUGAGACUUUAUUUCAGACCUUAUUAUUAUGUAGCAUAUUUUUUUUUUAAAGUUUGUACAAGUAUGUAUUGAACAGUGUGUGUAUAGAUUUUCAUAUACACACAUAUGUUUCAUAUAUUGGUAUAGUUCCCAUUGUGUUUCUUGAUCUUUUAGUAGGCAGGCAAGGCAACUUUUAUGAUGAAGUUAAGAAAGAGAGACUCUUAUUUUGAUGCCAGUCUCAUGCUUCAUUGCAAAACUUCCAAAAGAGUCCAGCUUCUCAUAAUUUAGUAAAAUUUCAAUGUAUCUCUUCCCUUGAUGACUUAAUGUUGAAACUUACAGUAUACCUUGUUUCUGCUUGUUUAAGUGUGUUAGUGUUGCAGUCAAUACACCUGUGGUCUUCCAUAUUGAAACAUAUGUUGACUGGAAGCAAUGGUAAUUCCUAUAUUAAUGUGCCAUUUAUGAUUUUUCUUAAAUGUUUCAAGUUUCAUAAGAAUUGCUGAUUCUAUCUUGUAGUAUACGCUUUAUACACUACAUAGGUGGGCUUAUCUUUCCAGCAUGGGAACUUACCGAAACAAUUAUAUUUCAUCAGCUUUGGUCGGUCUGUGAAACAACGCACUCAUAGACUGUAAAUUUGUGAUAUUAAAUUCAAAAUUUUUUAUUAA